AUGAGUUCUGAAACUAAAAAUUCAGAGCCUGAAACCAGUUCCAACUCAUCCUCAUUCUCCUCGUCCUCGUUAUCAUCUCCGGGAGCAACACAGUUUCUAUCUGCUGCCAAUAAUUGUGCUGUGAACGCCCAGCAGAAGUCAACUGUAGAAGCUACCAAAAAAAUAAAGAGAAUCAGGGAGUCUACCGGCGGUGGCAGCAAACACCCGGUCUAUCGGGGCGUCAGGAUGCGCAACUGGGGAAAAUGGGUGUCUGAAAUCCGCGAGCCCCGCAAGAAAUCACGCAUAUGGCUCGGCACUUUUUCCACACCGGAAAUGGCAGCCCGAGCUCACGACGUGGCGGCGUUAAGCAUUAAAGGAAGCUCCGCCAUACUCAACUUCCCUGAACUCUCCGGCUCACUUCCUCGACCGGUUUCCCGUAGCCCACGAGAUGUCCAGGCGGCUGCAGCAAAAGCAGCAGCUAUGACGAAGUUUGAUUUAUUCACAUCCCCUUCAUCUUCUUCUCCAUCUUCGUCAAGUAUUUUAUCAUUUUCUUCUUCAUUAUCAUCUCUGGUUUCUGAUACGGACCUUUCAACUACAUCAGAAGAAUUGAGUGAGAUCAUUAAAUUGCCUAUUCUGGGAUCGUGUUUCGACUCGGUAGAACUGAGGAAUGAUUUUGUGUAUGUGGACAACUCGGUGGUGGACGGAUGGCUGGACCCUCCGCCAUGGUUGAGCGGUGGUGAUAUUGAUAAUCGUGUGGAAAUUUCUAGCUCCAGCUUUGAAUCCUUGUUGUGGAAUAAUUUAUAG